GGCGGCGCGGCGGUCCGCGGCGCUCGGCGGCGGCCACGGCGCUGCCCGAGUGGCGGCUGCGCUGCGAGGGCGGGCGGCAGCGCUGGCGCUACCUGGGCGACGAUGGCGACGGCGGCGGCGAGGCGGGCGGCGACCGGGGGGCGCAGACGGCGCUGGAGGAGCACAGCCUCGGCCUGGACACGGGCAGGACGCUGCGGCCCUUGCCGGCGGCCGGCACGGCCCGGGAGGCUGCCCGCAACGGCAUGCGGUUCUACGCCGCCCUGCAAGCCGAGGAUGGGCACUGGGCGGGCGACUACGGCGGCCCCCUCUUCCUCCUGCCAGGUCUCCUCAUCACCUGCCACACUGCCAAGAUCCAACUGCCAGAGGGGUUCCGGAAAGAGAUGGUGCGUUACCUGCGUUCUGUGCAGCUCCCGGAUGGAGGCUGGGGCUUGCAUGUGGAAGACAAAUCGACGGUGUUUGGCACAGCACUCAACUACAUAGCCUUGAGGAUCCUGGGGCUUGGACCAGACGACCCUGACAUUGUGCGGGCCCGCGUCAACCUGCACAGCAAAGGAGGUGCUGUGGGAAUCCCUUCCUGGGGGAAGUUUUGGCUAGCUGUCUUGAACGUUUACAGCUGGGAGGGAAUGAACACCCUUCUCCCAGAGAUGUGGCUGCUUCCUACGUGGUUCCCAGCCCACCCAUCCCGGCUCUGGUGUCACUGCCGCCAGGUUUAUCUCCCCAUGAGCUACUGUUACGCCAGGCGUCUGUCAGCAGAAGAGGAUGAGCUCAUACGGAGCUUGCGGCAGGAGCUCUACGUGCAAGACUACACCAGCAUAGACUGGCCAGCCCAGAGGAACAAUGUGGCUGCCUGUGAUGUGUACACCCCGCACAGCUGGCUUCUGGGGGUUGCCUAUGCCAUCAUGAAUGUGUACGAAGCCCACCACAGCACGCAGCUGCGGCAGCGAGCCAUCACAGAGCUGUAUGACCACAUCAAAGCUGAUGACAGAUUCACCAAGUGCAUCAGCAUUGGGCCGAUUUCCAAGACGAUCAAUAUGCUGGUUCGCUGGUUCGUGGAUGGGAAGAACUCCCCAGCUUUUCAGGAGCAUGUUUCCAGGAUCCCCGACUAUCUCUGGCUGGGCCUCGACGGCAUGAAGAUGCAGGGCACAAAUGGAUCGCAGCUCUGGGACACUGCCUUUGCCAUCCAAGCCUUCUUGGAGGCAGAAGCCCAGAAGAUGCCUGAAUUCACAUCCUGCCUCCAAAAUGCCCAUGAGUUCCUCCGGUUCACCCAGAUCCAAGAGAACCCACCCAACUACCAGAAGUAUUAUCGCCAUAUGAACAAGGGUGGCUUCCCCUUCAGCACCCGAGACUGUGGCUGGAUCGUGGCAGACUGCACAGCAGAGGGGCUGAAGUCAGUUAUGCUGCUGCAGGAGAAGUGCCCCUUCCUAGCCAGUCUUGUUCCCACUGAGCGCCUCUUCGAUGCUGUGAAUGUGUUGCUGAGCAUGAGGAACUCUGAUGGAGGCUUUGCCACGUAUGAAACCAAGCGAGGAGGCUACUUACUGGAGCUGCUGAACCCCUCAGAGGUGUUUGGUGACAUCAUGAUCGACUACACCUACGUGGAGUGCACGUCGGCUGUCAUGCAGGCACUGAGACAUUUCCACAACAAGUUCCCUGAGCACAGAGCCCCAGAGAUCAGGGAGACUCUGCAGAAGGGCCUGGACUUCUGUCGCAAGCAGCAGCGAGCUGAUGGGUCAUGGGAAGGGAGCUGGGGGGUUUGUUUCACCUACGGCACCUGGUUUGGCCUGGAGGCGUUCGCCAGUAUGCAGCACACCUACCGCGACGGGGCUGCAUGCCGAGAGGUGGCCCAGGCCUGCCAGUUCCUCCUCUCCAAGCAAAUGCCAGAUGGUGGUUGGGGAGAGAACUUCGAGUCGUGUGAGCAGCGCACGUAUGUGCAGAGUGACGUGUCGCAGAUCCACAACACGUGUUGGGCCCUGCUGGGGCUCAUGGCUGUCAGGUACCCUGACAUUGAUGUGCUGGAAAGGGGCAUCAAAGUAUUGAUUGAUAAGCAGCUGCCCAACGGGGACUGGCCUCAGGAGAAUAUUGCUGGGGUAUUCAACAAGUCGUGUGCCAUCAGUUACACUGCGUACCGCAAUGUCUUCCCCAUCUGGACGUUGGGGCGUUUCUGCCGGCUGCACCCCAACAGCCCUCUGGCUGGGCAACUGCAAUCUGGAUCCUCGGCUGGGGCAGGGAAGAUCGUGCAAGAGGCCUUGUCUGCCUGAGCCUGGGCCAUUUCAGGUGCCAUGGCCUCUGACUUGUCCUAGAUACUGGCUGCUGCCUGGGGCCACAGGGGUGUUUCCUGCAUAGGAUAUCUCAGUGCUGAUCUUAACACAUUGACUGCUGCCUCUGCCAGGGAGGACUGCUGCUGUGGUGCUGCAGAGUCUCUGCUUUCUGUUGAACCUCUUCUAAAAAUCCACUUUUAAAGGUUUUUUCCAGGUAUAUCCUCCCUCAUGGGAUAGGGAGUGAAGUGCCUUUUCAGACCAGUUUGAUCUGAGAAGAGAAAGCUGCCAAGCCAUGUUGUGUUACACAUCUAGACAGACUUUCUCAUCCUGGAUAGAACAAGGCUGCCUUUAUCUUCCCCUCGUGCUGUCCCGGUUGGCUGUCUGUAGCAAGAGUGUGGGAUUUGGGGCCUCCCCUGUACCCAGCAUCAUGAUGGGAUGCAUUGCACAAUGCCUGAUGAGCUGGCAUCUGUGCAGUGGGUGCCAGCAACUGCCUUUGAAGUGCUCUCUGCUCUGGAGCCUGUUGCUGGGAGGGGAAGGGCACCUGUCCUACCCCCAGACAGGUGGGAAAGAGGAGUGCUUCACUCACUUUUCUUACUGGUCUGUCCCCCAGCUGGUGGCACCUGCCUUCCCAGACCCUCACAGGUGAAGUCACCAGCAUCAUUCCCACUUGGAAAAAGGGGAAACUGAAGCAGAAAGCAUGGAGGUUGUGAGCAUCAGGGCUGAGCCUGGGUCCCUGGGCUCCAGCCUUCCCCCAGCACAGCAGGUGCCUCUAUUCAGGCUGUGGUGCUGUUAGGCACUCACAUUUCGUUGUCAGAAUUGAAAGUCGCGUUGACUGACAGGUUAAUAAAUUGCUAAUGUUGCUAA